GUGGCAUAGUGGGCGUGGGCGUGGGUUGGGGCCCUGGCGCCGCACUUUAUGUGGGUGUUAACCACUGCCUUAAAACAAUUGGGUGCUAAUAAUCCCAGUUAAUCUGCAUAAGUGAGAGCGUGUGAAUAUGCCUGGAAGGCAGUGGUGCACGAAUUACUGGCACGCCACAUCCUUGGAAGUACUCUGCUCUGCUCUGCUCUGCUCUUUGAUGGCAUCAAUAUAAAAGACCUGGCAGGACCCUCACUUACUCAGACGGUGCUCAGACCUCGUCCUGUGUGGUUUGAACUGAAACAUGAUGCGUCUCCUGCUGCUGCCCCUGUUCCUUUUCACCCUCUCCAUGGCCUGCAUGGGCCAGACGUUUCAGUACUCCCGCGGCUGGACCAACGGCAAGCGGGCCCUAACUCCGUCCUCUCUUCUGGGCAAUGGACACUUCCAUCGUGGCAACGAAUUGGCUUUCUCAGAUCUCUAUGACGUCCAGGACUGGAGCAGUGAACGCAGACUGGAACGCUGCCUGGCGCAGCUGCAGCGAUCGCUGCUGAGUCGGGUCUAUGGCUCCGGCACAGACUUCAACGCGAAUCGUGCCGAACUGGAAACCAGCGACAGUGGCAGCUCCCGCAACAGAGGAAAUAACAACAACGAAAAUGUUUUAUACCCAAAUCCCAUUCAAAAUCGGCACCACUCGUCGAAUGAACUUCUUGAGGAAAUCACUGCUGCGGUGGCCGGAACCGGAACGGCGGGUGCGGGCUCCGGCGAGCCGAGCGUGUUUGGAAAACAUUAGCUCAGACUUCGAAUUGUUAUUGUAUUUUAAAUCUUUUGUGGAACUAGCAAGAAAAUGCUACAAAAAUGUAAAAAAAAGGAACAUGUUAUAUUU